AAAAUUACCGAGGAAUGCGGAAGGAAAAUACAUUUACCUGAAUAAAUUCGGAUUUCAGAAGAAAAAAGAAAAUGCUGGUGUUUGAAAGUCUGUUCUAGAUCUGUCAAAGCAUCAUGGGAAAGAAAAAUAGAAAUCGUCGUGAUUUACAUGAUCACAAGGUCACCUAUGUCGUUAGCACAGAUGAAAUCCAUGGCAUCACUGGUCUGUAUUCCCGCUAUUCUCAGUGUGGUUUAACGGGACUCGAGGCCAGUGAAAUGGAUCAUAGGACUGCAGGUAAAACACUAGCAUUCAGCGACAACGAAACGCACAUAGAAAAGGAUCAUAGGCAAUUAAAGAUUGAAUCCUUGAGAGAUGAAGUCUUGAAAAAUCUUGAUAAAAUUAAUCAGUUGAAAUUUGAAAUACUGUCGAAAGAAAACGGAUCGUACACCUCGAACAAUGGGAAAGGAAGGGUCAAAAGUGUCAUAUUAAACAGUACACUACUGGGAGAUCUGGAAUCAGAAAUGGUUGUGUUAAAAAACAACGUGGAACAUGCACAAAACAUACUUUUGGAUUACUAUGGAAAGGCAAAUCUGAAUAUGGAGGAGUUUCUCACCUUACAUCGUACGCGAUGUAUUGAACCUGAUACAGUUUAUCUAAGGGACAUCUGCGAUAAAUCAGCCAAUAUCAAAAUUAGUAGAAGUUGCUAUUCUUCCAACAUUCACAUCGAAAGAUGCACUGAUGUGAAGAACCAUAUUGGAUGGAUUCGAUCCAAGAAUUUAGUCUCCAUUUCCGGCUGUUUUACGUCACCAAAAAUUUACUUAUCGGGGUUGUUUGUGAAUCCCGUAAUAUCCGUCAGAGGUAUAGCUGGGCAACCGGAAAUUCACAUCAAAGGUGUUUGUAUAGCUCCUCGGAUCCUGGUUAGCGGCACCAAACUUAAACCAACGGUAUUCAUUGAUGGCGUUGUCAUUGACCCUUACCUGCAAGUCGAUGGACUUGUAUCGAGGCUGAAACUAAACGUAACUGGAAUUUGUUUUAGACAAAAUGCUAUCCUGGAUGGUUUCAACUGUCAGACAAAACUGAGAGUUUUUGGGAUGUGUAGUAUUUAGUGGAUGUGUAACAUUUCUCGAAAAUGUCCUUUAAAUCUAAUUCUUUAAUAACAUAAAUUCAGCAAUAGUUUAUAUUCUGUGCCUUGUUAAUAUGAAUACGCGUUGUAUUCUUAAUUCUAGCUUGCAUUGAAAUAUGCUACCAACUCAAGUACAUUGGAAAUCUCCUGCUGUUCACGUGAUAAUCUUUAAUGCAUAAUGAACAUUCGCAUACUACGCAUUCAUGCACAGCAAAUCUGGGGAAUCGCAAUUCGCGUUUAAAAACGUAUGUAUAGCACUGAUUUCACCUUUUUGCACCGAACACUCAAUAUUUAGAGCUGUUUCAAAUAUACCCCUAUUACAAUCAGACUGAGUAUUAUUAAAUUCCAAUACCAUAACACAUGUAAGUAUACUAAAACAUAGUAAUAUAAGGUAUUGAACUAACAUUGGUGAAUAUUGGACGAGCCGGGAUUGAAACAUUCGCUAACUUGUGAGCAGAUUUUCUCACUCAUAGAGUGCCAAUGUUCACCAAAUUGAAUAUAAGGUCAAUAAAUUACAUAGCUAAACUAUAUU